ACUGUCCCAGGAAGUCCCGGAUGGGUAGGCGUCGCACCCGGAAGUUAAGAGGCUCCGCGACGGAGCGGCAGGGCGCGCGGCAGAGCCCCGAGUAACCCACUUUCUCGGGAGGGAACCACCUCGUCAGGUCGGCGCUGCGGGUGAGGCAGGCUACAAGCCGGCCUGGUUGACCAUGGCCCUUUCUGUGGAGACCGAGUCGCACAUAUACCGAGCUCUGCGCACUGCAUCUGGGGCUGCUGCCCACAUUGUGGCCCUGGGCUUCACCAUCUUUGUGGCUGUACUUGCCAGGCCUGGCUCCAGUCUCUUCUCCUGGCACCCCGUGCUUAUGUCUCUGGCUUUCUCUUUCCUGAUGACCGAGGCACUGCUGGUGUUCUCUCCUGAGAGUUCGCUGCUGCGCUCCCUCUCGCGGAAGGGCCGAGCACGCUGCCACUGGGUUCUGCAGCUGCUGGCCCUGCUGUGUGCACUGCUGGGCCUGGGCCUUGUCAUCCUUCACAAGGAACAGCUUGGCAAAGCCCACCUGGCCACGUGGCAUGGGCGGGCAGGACUGCUAGCUGUGCUGUGGGCAGGGCUGCAGUGCUCAGGUGGGGUGGGGCUGCUCUACCCCAAAUUGCUGCCUCGAUGGCCUCUGGCCAAGCUCAAGCUGUACCAUGCCACUUCUGGGUUGGUGGGCUACCUUCUGGGUAGUGCCAGCCUCUUGUUGGGCAUGUGCUCACUCUGGUUCACUGCCACAGUCACCGGUGGGGUCUGGUACCUGGCUGUGCUAUGCCCUGUCCUUACCAGCUUGGUCAUUAUGAACCAGGUGAGCAAUGCCUACCUGUACCGCAAGAGGAUCCAGCCGUGAGCUCUUCCCAGAACUAGGGGAAGCCUGGAUUUGCCCCUCAGUGUGGUAGCCGGGGCUGAGACCUCCUGGACUCUCUCAGCUGACUCGGUCACGGGACACCUCAGGCACUGGUGCGGUCACGGGUAGCCGGAGUCCUUUGUGUGACAUUAUUACUUGCUCCUCAUGCUGGAGUACCUCCCCUUUCCUUCUUUCUCUGCCAUCCCAGAGGAGUUUAUGGCUCAUGUGUCUGGAUGAAGGUGGGUUGCAAAACUGCCCCCUGCCCACAGCAACUCAACUUGUGCUGGUAUGUCCAGAAAUGAGAGAAGAGAAAAAAGUAAAAUAAAAUUUUAAAAAAGA